AUGUCAGGGGUUCAAGAAUUACCAGACGAGCUUCAGCUCGCAGCCGCGGCUCAUGUCAAGUAUAUUCAAAGCUUAGACACAAAGAAGGAUGAAUAUGAGUACUGGCUUACCGAGCAUCUCCGUCUAAAUGGACUAUAUUGGGGACUGAUGGCGCUACAUUUACUACGGCAUCCCGAUGCGCUCCCCCGAGACGAGGCUAUAAACUUUGUCCUCUCCUGCCAGCAUGAGAGCGGCGGGUUUGGUGCCGCACCGGGGCAUGAUGCUCACAUGCUCUACACAGUCAGCGCCGUGCAAAUCUUUGUCCUGCUUGAUGCUUUAGAUGAGUUAGAGAAGCACGGUAAGGGCAACGGUAAGGCUCAAGUGGGCAAAUUCCUAGCGGAUCUUCAAAAUCGGGAAACGGGCACAUUUGCCGGCGAUGAAUGGGGCGAAGAAGACACGAGGUUCUUGUAUGGCGCUUUGAAUGCUCUCUCGCUCCUUGGCCUAUUACAUUUGGUCGACAUCAAUAAAGCAGUUGAUUACGUUGCUGCUUGCGCCAAUUAUGACGGUGGCUACGGUGUUAGCCCUGGAGCUGAGACUCACUCUGGUCAGAUCUUUACUUGUUUAGCCGCUCUCUCCAUUGCCGGGCGUAAAGACUUAAUCGACGCCGAUAAGCUAGGCGGCUGGCUCAGUGAAAGACAGGUCGCCUGCGGUGGCCUAAAUGGGAGACCGGAGAAGAAGGAAGAUGUGUGCUACAACUGGUGGGUACUGAGCAGCUUGGAAAUGAUCGGCCGCACACAUUGGGUUGAUCGGGAAAAGCUCAUAAAGUUUACCCUGAGCUGUCAAGACAGCGAGCGCGGUGGACUAUCAGACCGACCUGGUGACAUGGUUGAUAUCUGGCACACGUUCUUUGGCCUGACUGGCUUAAGCUUGCUAAAGUAUCCAGGCGUGGAAGCUAUUGAUCCUGUCUAUUGCCUACCAAAGUACACUAUAGAUCGUGUAUUUGGCAGAGCAGGAUAA